GUAUUGUUCACUCGUGUUUCGACUACUGGUAACUCAACGAGCUAACCAGUCGGGCAAUUCAAUACGCCACCAGACACCGAAUUGUCAAGAUGUGUCGAACUAUUUGUGCUCUCGUUGUCUGCCUAUCGGCGCUUGCCAGUGCUGCCGAGUUCAAGGAUUGUGGGUCUUCAGUGGGAAAGUACAGCUCUAUCAGUAUCAGUGACUGUGGAGCCAGUGAUAGCGAGUGUAUUCUGACCAAGGGAACCAAUGCCACCAUUGAAAUUUCAUUCAGCACUGUGGAGCCCGUCAAUGCUGUUAAGGCAGUUGUCCAUGGAAUUCUAACUGGUGUGCCCAUACCAUUUCCAAUUUCCCACCCAGAUGCUUGUGCUAAUCCGGACACUGGGAUCACGUGUCCUUUGAAGAAGGAUCAAGCGUACACUUACAGGAAAACUUUUCCUAUUCUAGCUCAAUAUCCCAAGGUGAAGGUUGAGGUUAAAUGGGAAUUGCAAAAUGAAAAGAGACAGGACAUCGUCUGUAUCUUGAUUCCUGCAAAAAUUCAGGAAAAAAAAUCAGCGAACUGAAUGAUUUUUCAAUCCAUUGACAGCGAUCGACUGAAUAUAUUCCACUAUUGUUUUUUUUGUAUUCAUUUCUGGUCAUCAGGUCAAAGAUAAAAUAGAAUUUCCAGGUGAAAUUUGAAAA